GAGGAAGGAUUCGAAACGGAUCGGUCCAUGUGACCGGCUCCCUAAUCAAGUUUUUCGUACGCAUACUAAGGAAGCAUAUGUGAUCAUGUCAGCUAUCGAAGAUCCCAUAUCCGUCUUGGAAGACACACGAGAAGGAAUUCUGCACGCCAUCUAUGACAUAAUCAAGUGCAUUGAAAGGGACUCCAGCGUCGACGAGAAGGUGAACCAACUGCGGAGUCGGCUCGAGAACGCUCGGAGUCUCGUUCAAAGUUUGAAGGGCACCGAUUUGUCUCCUGAUGAACAGUUAGAGAAAGCAGAACAGCUCCAGACUCAGCUCACGGACAAGCGUCGACUACUAUCAUCUUACAAACAUAUGUGCGCUUUGUUUGAUUUACCGAAUGGGCAGCCGAACAGCAAUGGGUCUAUGAACUGACGUCGACUUCUGGGACUUGUAUUUGUAUUAUUGAUUGAUGUACAUAUCUGUAUACAGAAUUCGAACUUGGCACAGGGGAAUAAAUAGUGAAGGAAGAACCUUG